CAAGUAAACAGAAAACAUUAGGGAAGACGUUCAUGUCAGCCGCCACAUGAGUGUUUGAUGCGGGGAAUUUGCUGUGAGAUAUUAAAGCGGACGUUAAUGUUUCCCGUGUGUUUUUAGCUAACUUGGGGGAUUUGGGGCCAGCUGACUCGCGCUGGAGCGAUGAAGGGAGAGGCGGAAGUGAAGUCACUUGACAGACCGUCCAUGUUGUUAUUGUUAUUUUGGUAGCCCUGUGAUGAGACGGGCUGGGGAGCCGUUAGUCUCCGAGACGACUGUUAACGUUACCGCAGGCCGCCCUGGACCGACACCUACCCUCACCACUACCACCUCCUCACUGACCCAGAGACAGGAGCCUCGCUGACGGCUGGGGUGGGGGGGAGGGGGGAAGGGGGUGAGGACCCAGCUCCAGCUCCAGCUCCAGCUCGGCUCCUACACUCCGGCCGACCAAAAAUAAAACGGCGACAAAAACAAUAACGGCGUUCGUCAAACGGCUCGACUGGUGUCUGUGCGGUCUGUAGCAGGGGCGUGCCGCAGCAGACAUGAACGGUAUCACCAAGGGCCGGUUCGAGGUGUUCUCAAACAGCGAUGAAGCCCCCAUUAACAAAAAGCUCCCCAAAGAGCUUCUUCUCAGAAUAUUUUCCUAUCUAGAUGUGGUUACACUCUGUAGGUGUGGUCAAGUAUCCAAGGCGUGGAAUGUCCUGGCCCUAGAUGGCAGUAACUGGCAGAAGAUUGACUUGUUCAACUUCCAGACAGACAUAGAGGGGCGGGUGGUGGAGAAUAUUUCAAAGCGUUGUGGAGGCUUCCUGAGGCAGCUGAGCCUCAGGGGCUGCCUGAGCGUGGGAGAUGCCUCCAUGAAGACAUUUGCUCAGAACUGCAGAAACAUCGAAGUGUUGAACCUAAACGGCUGCACCAAGAUCACAGACAGCACUUGUCUCAGCCUCAGCAAGUUUUGCUACAAACUCAAACAGCUAGAUCUCACCUCCUGUGUGUCCAUCAGCAACCACUCUCUCAAGGCCCUCAGCGAUGGCUGCAGAAUGCUGGAGAUGUUGAACCUGUCAUGGUGUGACCAGAUCACACGUGAUGGCAUUGAGGCUCUGGCUAGAGGCUGCAAUGGUUUACGAGCACUGUUCCUCAGAGGCUGCACACAGCUGGAAGAUGGAGCAUUGAAACACCUUCAGAAACACUGCCCAGAACUCACCACCAUCAAUAUGCAGUCUUGUACACAGAUAACAGAUGAAGGCCUGGUCAGUCUGUGCCGAGGCUGCCACAAGCUACAGAUCCUUUGUGUGUCUGGCUGCAGUAACAUCACUGACGCCUCCCUCACUGCAAUGGGACUCAACUGUCCCCGACUCAAGAUCCUUGAAGCUGCACGAUGCUCCCAUGUUACGGAUGCUGGGUUCACUGUACUGGCCAGAAAUUGUCAUGAGCUUGAAAAAAUGGACUUAGAAGAAUGUAUUUUGGUAACAGAUAACACUCUGGUUCAGCUGUCUAUCCACUGCCCUCGCCUGCAAGCACUGUCCCUGUCCCACUGCGAGCUGAUCACAGAUGAUGGCAUUAGAGCUCUGAGCAGCAGUACCUGUGGCCAAGAGCGCCUCACCGUGGUGGAGCUGGACAACUGCCCCCUCAUCACUGAUGUGACCCUGGAGCACCUGAAGAGCUGCCAUCGUCUGGAGCGCAUUGAGCUCUACGACUGUCAGCAAGUGACCAGGGCUGGCAUCAAACGCAUCCGGGCCCACCUUCCAGAGAUCAAGGUCCACGCCUACUUUGCUCCAGUGACACCUCCUCCCUCUGUACAUGGAGGUGGCCAGCGUCUGUGCCGCUGCUGCAUCAUCCUCUGACAGUGGAGGGCCAGGGGGGGCCACCUCUGUCUGCAGGUCCUGCUGCUCUGAUAUGAGCUGAAAUGGGUUUUGGGGGUUAGGGGCUGGGGUAGGGGAGAGGAGGGGCUGGACCCACUCACUGCUCCUGAUCACAGAUCAAAACAUAGACUGAUCACCCCUGAUCAGUUGAACCCGACCCUCCUCUCUCCUUUUGCUCACCAGUCAGGAUUGCAACAGUCCUGGGUUUGGGCGUGGAAGGGUGGGUGGAAACAACAUGGAUGGAUGGACUCGCACUUUUUCUCUCUCUAUCUCAUUCUCUCUUUCUCACUGUAAAGGCAAAAACAGGUUCUCCACUCCAUCCUGCAAUUCACAUCCCUGACUG